AUGUCUGUAAAUUGGGAGGCAAUAAAAUUACGACAAGCCGUACUGACCUCUACCGGCAAAUCAGUUUUGAAAACAUUGGUCGAGAGGGGACUGACUGUACGGUCCGAUAGGCGUUGGGACACAAGUUUAGAGUUGGAAACUGUUAGGGGAGACGACGGGACACAUGUCCGUACAUCUGACCGCCGGACCGAUAGUAGUGUCCGUCCCAUUCAAUUUCAUGCCAUACAAGACUUUUUAAAGGCCUGUGAUAAAUACACUAUAUAA